GGACUGAGCCAGGCUGGGCUACAGAAAAAGGGCGGAGCCUCCAGGCAGUCUCUUGGCAACCGGAUCUGGCUGCCAAACCGCCAAACCUUGAGGCGCAAUGACCUCUGGGAAUUGUAGUUCAGUUGGAAGGGCCUUUUAGGAGCCUCGUGACUGCAGGCCCGCAGUCUGCGGACUACAACUCCCGAAAUCAACCGUGAGGGCGAAUGGGUGGGAAGGGCCCCCAGCGAGCUCCGACCGGGAUUCCAUGCUCCCCAGUGACAGCAGCGGCAGGAAGCUGGCGGGUGCUACUCCGGCGCCAAGGCCUCUGGUUCCCCGAAGGGCGACAUCGGACAUUUCCCUACGUAACUCCCAUCUCUGGGCCCCGAGUCUGUGCAUGGCGAAGUCCCCGGAGAACUCUACCCUGGAGGAGAUUCUAGGGCAGUAUCAACGGAGUCUCCGGGAACGUGCAAAUAGAAGCAUUCACCAACUGAAAUGUGCCCUGAGAGAAGGUGAUGUCACCGUUGGAGAAGAUGCUGCAGGUCCCAGAGUGGAAAAUGAGGAAAAUGAGGAAAAUGAGAAAAAUGAGGACGCUGGGACUGCCUGGCACGAACUGCGACACAGCCAUGCCGUUAAUCAGCUCAAAGCUUUGUUGCGCCAACAAGCAACUAAGGAAAGUGAGGUGUCUCCAUCAAGAAGGCGAAAAGUGUCCCCUCUGCUGGCGUCAGAAGAUGAGGAAGCCAACGUGCCUACUAUCCACAAUCUUGUUCCGAUCAUCAAUGACCAGUCUCAGUACAUUCAUCAUUUAGAGGCAGAAGUCAAGUUCUGCAAGGAGGAACUCUCUGGAAUGAAAAACAGGGUACAAGUAGUUGUGCUUGAAAAUGAAAGUCUCCAACAAGAGCUGAAAUCUCAAAGACAAGAGGAAGCAAUGAGGGAACAAACACUUCUGGAUGCAUCUGGAAACAUGCAGAAUUCUUGGAUUACAACAGGUGAAGAUUCUGGGGUGGGUGAAGCUGCCAAGAGACGAUUCUCCCGUGGCAAUGCGGAUAUUGUCGUAGGUGCAUCUGCUGGGGAAGCUGAAAAAUGGAGACUAGAACUGGAGAGGCUGAAACUUACUUAUGAAGAAAAGACUGAAGUCCUAGAAUCUCAAUUGAAAUUUUUAAGGAAAGACUUAGCUGAAUAUCAGAAAAAUUGUGAAGAUCUUAAAGAGCGACUGAAGCAUAAAGAGUCUCUCCUCGCUGCGAAUACUUCUAACUGGGUUGGUGGCCUGUGUUUGAAAUGUGCUCAGCACGAAGCUGUUCUUUCCCAAACCCAUAAUAAUGUUCACGUGCAGACCAUUGAAAGACUGACUAAGGAAAGAGAUGACUUAAUGUCCGCACUAGUUUCCGUCAGGAGCAUCUUGACAGACGUGCAGGAAAGAGAAGCCGGCGCUUAUGAGCAGGUGAAGCAAGCCGUGCAAGUGGCCGAGGAAGCCAAUUUCGAGAAGACCAAGGCUUUAAUCCAAUGUGAACAGUUGAAGAACGAACUGGAGAGGCAGAAAGAGCGACUUGAAAAAGAACUCGCAUCGCAGCAAGAAAAAAGGGCCUUUGAGAAAGAGAUGAUGAAAAAGGACCUAACAAAAGAAAAGGAGGACCUGGGAUCAAAGAUAUUGUCCCUGUCUCAAAAUAUUGCCCAACUGGAGGUCCAGGUUGAAAAGGUUACAAGAGAGAAGAUUUCAGCUAUUAAUCAACUAGAGGAAAUUCAAAACCAGCUUGCUUCCAAGGAAAUGGAUGUCACAAAGGUGUGUGGGGAAAUGCGCUAUCAGUUGAAUAAAACCAAAAUGGAGAAGGAUGAGGCAGAGAAGGAGCACAGAGAGUACAGAGCAAAAACUAAAAGGGAUCUUGAAAUGAAAGAUCAGGAAAUAGAGAAAUUGAGAUUAGAAGUCAGUGAAAGCAAACAGCACUUGGAACGGGAGCAGCAGAAGGCAGCCGGGGCCAGAGAGGAGUGCCUGCAACUGACAGAUCUGCUGAGCGAGUCCCAGCACCAACUGCACCUCACCAGACUGGAAAAAGAUAGCAUUCAGCAGAGGCUUAGCAACGAAGCAAAGGCCCAAGCCCUUCAGGCCCAGCAAAGGGAGCAGGAGCUGACACAGAAGAUACAGCAAAUGGAGGCCCAGCAUGACAAAACUGAAAAUGAACAGUAUUCACUGCUGACCUCCCAGAAUACAUUUUUGACAAAGUUAAAGGAAGAGUGCUGUGCAUUAGCCAAGAAACUGGAACAAAUCUCCCAAAAAAGCAGAUCUGAAAUAGCUCAGCUCAAUCAAGAGAAAAGGUAUACGUAUGACAAACUGGAAAAGUUACAGAGAAGAAAUGAUGAAUUGGAGAAACAGUGUGUCCAACAUGGGAGACUACAUGAGAUAAUGAAGCAAAGGCUGAAGCAGCUGGACAAGCACAGCCAGGCCACGGCCCUUCAGCUGGUGCAGCUCCUCAACAAGCAGAAUCAGCUUCUGCUGGAGAGACAGAGUCUGCAGGAAGAGGCGGGGCGUCUGAGAUCCCAGGCCCACGUGUGAUUAAUGUUGAAAAGCACAUAAGGCUUCACUGAAGACAGACCUGCUAUUCCGUUAACAGCUCACUUUGUCCAUGAGUGAAUGUCGGAGUAGGACGCAUGGAAGAAAAAUAAAUCGAAUUUUCUGCUGCUGCAGACAUGCUUGCUCCACUUAUUGCUUCCUGAGUCAGUACAUUUUGCGAUAGAAAUUCACAAUCAAGAUUUUAAAGGGAGCUAAAUAUUUUAAUCCAAUCAGACAAGUGAACAAAACACUGAAUAUUACAUGGAGCAGAGAGAAGUGGUUCUUGCCUUUAAAAGACUGCAGUUCCGUCACAUUACAACCCCAAAUGUCAGUGUUGUCUUUAUUUCUAACGCUUUCAAACACGAGGCAGCCAGAGGCUCCACUCUCUGCUGUUGGUGACACUGUCUGUCCUUUGGGAAUUCUUAAAGUCUAUUUACCAUGGAAACAUGGUUCCUAUAAAACACAGACACCUGCCCAUGUGCAAAGAAAGUUCUCAUGACUUGCGGGAUUCCAGGAAGCUGGAAGAUGACAAAGUCGGACGGCACGAGGCAUGGGACUCCUGUGUCGUCGGAGCUCUGGAGAGGGGAGGGGCGUCCUGGCAGCCUGACCCCUGCGGCCAACGCACCGGGCUCCCCGGUUCCCCACCCCGCCAUGCCACGCGUCCCAGGCCCAGCUUGAGAUGCUGUUUUCCGGAAAGCCAAGGAUUCCUCCUCGGCCCACCUCCAUUCUGCAAGGAAGGUCUUCCUGCCUCUACCUUUUCCUUUCUCUGGCUUCUACAGCCCCUUCCCUCUGCGGGGCCCAGAGGCAGAGAGCCAGGCCGGUGGUCUAGGGAAGCCGUGACUCUGACCUCUGCCUGCACAGGCCCGUCAUUGUCAGGGGCUCGGCGGACUGCCCGGUGUGCGGGCGACCCGGCUUUGCAGCUGCCGACCACCGGGUUCUGGGGUGCCGGAGCCGGGGGACGAGGCAGGGUUGGGGUCACUUUGCUGGACUCUGCUGAGCUGGAGGCAGUCCAUCGAGGGCCCCGUGGGUUGGGGGAAGGCUCGCCUCUGUGGCCCUCCCGGCCACGUUCCACGACGUUCUGCGGAGGACUGGUGAGGGCACCCUCCUCCUGAGCAGAUCGGUGGCCUCCCACAGCUCACGUGGCUUGUGAGUGCCAGCUGGCCUCCCAGGUCUGACUUCUACUUGAUCCCACACACAGCACACCUGGUGGCUUCUGUGCUGCUUCGCUGGGCAGGUCACAAGAGCAUUAACAGGCCUGGACUUCGAGGUCCAGCUGCCGAGGUUCAAAUCUCAGCUCUGUACCACUUGGGUUACCCAGCAUGCCACAAUCUGAUUGCUGACCUGGAUGAAACAGAGUGAAAUAAAUGGUUUACAAAGAGAUAUUUACAUUCAUCUGAUUUGUUCGUGAGAUGCCACAGAGCACCACGACCUUCCCGGUGGCCGGCGCCCCGGACGGCAGCAGGCGGCCAGGUCAGCCGCGUCUACUGCCCAGCGGUGCCCGUGCGGCCAGGCCCCGCGCCGGACCAGGAGACCUCCUGCAGUUAUGUUUGCAGAAAUGGCUUGAAGUUAACUGUGUUCUGAUAAAUCUGCUCAUUUGUAUCCUGUUACACAUGAGAAUUUCAAUAAAUGAACUUUUUUAAAGACCUGAA